AUGGAACCCAAUGGCAGAGACAGCCCAUUUGUGAUGGAGUUUCCGGACGUGUGCAAUGACGUAGAAGAUGCGUUUUUUAGGUUCUACUACGCGGCGAAUUAUAGAGAGCAUAUAUGGGCGGAAGCAUGGUUGUGGGCCUGCGGAUGGCGCUACAUUCCCAGUUAUUAUUACGGGUUCGAUGAAAUGCAAAGAUGGACUGGCGCGAGUCAUCCCAUGGAAACAGCGUGGCAGGUCACCCUCAACUAUAACAUUUGGCAUCGAAUAGUCGGCGGCGGCCUGCCGGAGUCAUGCAAGAGAAUCGGCAUCACCUCAUGGGGAGUACGACUGGUCGGAUUACGGAAACUGGGUCCUCAGGCUGUUUCCUCCGCAUUUGGUGGAAGUCACACAAAGGGCCCCCUGCCGGGCCGGCAGCACGGAUCAAACGACUCAAAUUGUCACAGCUCGUUGCGAUACCCAGGCAUCGAGAAAGAACACGGCGAUGCCUCAAGUUUAUCAGGCUUACAAUCGGCUGCGAACGAGAGGGCGAGGCGAAAGAAAGAGGCAUGGCGCCUUGACGGCGGCCGCCAAGCGGUGUCAGUGGUCGAACAUGUGACCGGGGUGUGGCGGAGUUCGUACGGAAAGCUGUGCAACCUCCGGAGUAGAAUCGGUGGCGGUCAAAUGAGGAUCAGCGCAAAAAUGGCAUUUCUAUUCGGCGUUCGACUGACUUGA